AUGGAGGGCCUUACCUUUGUGCCUACAACUAAACCUAAUUACCUCCAAGGGCCCAUCUCCAAGUGCUAUCAUAUUGGGUAUCAGGGUUGCAGCAAGAAUUUUGGAGCGGGACUCAGAGGUCUGGCGGCAACAACCCUGGCUCUUUUCCUGGUGUUCUCCCUCCUGGGAGAUUCCCGCAGUGCGCCGCAGAGACUCUUGGAGAGAAGGAACUGGACUCCUCAAGCUAUGCUUUACCUGAAGGGCGCACAGGGCCGCCGCUUCAUCGCAGACCAGAGUCUGAAGAAGGAGCUGUCCGAGCGGCCGCCGCCGGAAAGACGAAGUCCAAAGGCCCGACUAACUCUCCCAGAGGCAGCGGCUCUGCUGUUGGCUUCCUUGCAGAAACCCCAAGAAGCUGGAGAAGAAAACCUUGAUCCAACCAGAUUUCUGGAUGACAGUCUUCUGAACUUGUGAAAACGCAACAAAUUGAAUGCAGUCACAGUUCUGUUCUUGUUGAAGACAUGAGUGUGUAAAUAAAGCUCGUGAACCGUUUCUGCUUCAUUUGCAGCCUUAGGAACAGGCACAACUAGUUUUAUUCUUCUGGAAGCAAAAGUAAAAUGGAAUUCCUGGCUGGGAAUAUCAUUGCCUUUUAUUAUUAUUAUUAUUAUUAUUAUUAUUGCUUCAGGUUCUUCUGUCUUAGGUCACCAUCUGUCUUACUCUUGAACUUUUUUAGAUUUAUAAGACUGAGUACUCUUUAUGGUGUUCUUUUUGUUACAACAAAUUCCCUUUUGAUUUAAUAUCAUUAGUUGUUGGUUUUCUCGUCUGUUACCCAACUUGCGUUGUCUUGUCACUCAGUAGGGACUCUCCUUUUCCUUGUCCCCCCUUUCCCACCUCCAAGGAGGGUAGGGGAAGGCAGGGCGGGAUGAGAAAGUAGAGUGUGAUUCUCUUAGCAGUUCAUCUAGAAGUUAGUUAUGCAGGAGAGGGGGCUGGGAUGGACAGGAAUGAAGCCCUGUGAUUGGAACACUUCAGUGCCAUGGCUGGGAGAGGGAUCUCCCUUCGGUGAGGCUGGGAAGCUUAGAGCUCCCCCUUGUGCUCUCCCUGAAUUCAGUUUAGAAACAUGGAUCUAAAAGUUACUGGAAAAUAAGCAGCUGAGGCACACUCUGUCCCUCUGUAUCCCAGUUUUUUGGUGGUAACCCAUUUUUUCCAUGGCUAAACACACUCAAAGACUGCUUACUCCAAUGGACUAGAACUUUAAGCUUCAUUUGACAUCAAAACAUUAUAUAAAGACACCCUGAUGAUGCAUGGUAUAAUGUCUAAUUUACUUCUUUUUAAAGUCAACUUGGGUUCAAUGCUAUCUGAAGAAUAUACACACACAUACACCUACAACAAGCAUAGUGAUAUAUUUAUUUGUGAACACGAUAUGGCCAACUUGUUUUUGACCUAAUUAAUUGAAAGUUGUCAUUGAUAAAUGUCAUAACUAGAAAGUAUUGUUAGUUCUUUUUCUCACCAAUAUAUAGCCAUUAUUCAGUAGCUAAAGAAUAUCCUUAUGUGAAUGUCUGUAAUUGGAAUUAUAAUUUGAUUGUGUUAAAUAACAAAACCCUGCUUAUAAGGAUUAUCUAUAACUUGUUUCACAAUUCAAAAUGCAACUAUAUUCAAGUUUAUGUAACAUCGAAAAUAUGCUGGCAUUAAAGAAAUCUGUGUGGCAUCAUAGUAGGCACCUGUCAUUAAUUAUGAUUUGAUUUUAAAGUAGAUUUUCUAGACAGUGCAUAUAUCCAGUUUACAGAUAAUUAUUUACUCAUCUGACAUAGAUUUGCAUAUAUUGGCUAUUUAAACAUUAUGUCUAUUCCCAGACCUUUUAAAAAUGUUUAUUGAUUUUUAGAGAGAGGAAAGGAGAGAGAGAGAGAAUAAGAAACAUCUAUUUGUUGACUCCCAUAUUCGCUCCCAACUUUCUGGUUGGGACCAAACCUGCAACCUAGGAAUGUGCUCUGACCAGAAAUCAAACCCACAACCUUUUGGUGUAUGGGUCGGGCUCCAACUAGAUGAGCCAUAUCGACCAGGGCUAUUCCCAAAACACUUUUAAAGUCUAUCUUAUGAAGUAAUUCUCCCAACGGUGAACUAAAACAAUCUCAAGUAUUUUGCCCCCAAACAGAGUUUCUAAAAGCUGUCUAAAUGAUCAGUUAAAAUACUACCAGCUCCAUGUAUUACAAGGAGCAGAAUUCUGCUGCUGUACAGAUAUGCUGAUUUGCACUGUCAUUGCAUAAAGGCCCCUAGGCCCAGUUUGCUCUUUGCAAUCCUUUUUAUUUCUGGUGUGUGUGUGUGUGUGUGUGUGUGUGUGUGUGUGUGUGUGGUUUUUCCACACCGAAAUGAACAAAUGAUCAGGGAUCAACCUUUUUCACAUUGUGCGGCUUGGACUUUAAAAUUGGGAAAUAUCUGCCUCUGGUGUGUGCACUAGAACACCCCACCUCCAGGUCGGACUUUGGAGCCACUUUUAGCACAGUUCCAGUUGCUCUUGCCCCUCUCUCCUAUCUCCCCUGUGGCUAGCUCAGCGUUGUUGACAUACAUAGCCUCUGGUGUGGGUUCUCAAUUACCCUUUGUUUCCCUGGGUCUCCCCCAGAGGAUGCCUCCUCUCCCCUCACACCACCAUUGGGAUCAUGAGAGGGAAGAGAAGACGAAGAAGAGGCUCUGACUUUAAAUUAAGCUUCCAAUUCACAUUUCUUUCUUGACCUGGUUGUGAGAAAUGAAAGUCUAUAUCCUGUCAACCGUGAGUUACAUCAUUGUACUUCAGCCUCAGGAGAAGGGAGUUGAGAAUGCAGCCUGUUUAGUCUCCUGAUUCUGGACUGUAAGUUCCUUUGGGAAGAGUUCGUUUCUGUUUUGAUUUGAUCUUUACAACUGCCAUGUGAAGCAGGCAGUGUAUCUCCGUAUUACUUCACAGAAAGUUAGG